GAAGCCCUGCUCCAGCUGCACUUCCGGAGGGUCAAGGCGCAGGCCCUGCAGCAGAGGCCCCGGCACCUGCAGCCAAGCGAAGCAGCGGUUUGCCCCAGAACUCACCGACAGCAGAGGACCUACAGCGUGGCCUCAGCAGCGGCAUCACCUGCGUGCUGCCCGUGGAGGAGCAGCGCCGGGUCUAUGUGGGAACUGUCGAGGGCCGGGUCAUCAUUUUCAGCACCGAGAACGAUUUCUCAGUGCUUCGGUGGGUCCACCUCGAGGACGCCAGCCCGGUCACCUGCAUCGACGUGGCUCCUUGGGCCGAAGGUGUUGAAGUACCAGAUGGGGAAGAGCCUGGGCUCAUGGCUGUGGGCACGCAGGAGGGCGUGGCCCACAUCUACAGCCUCGCCAACCUUCGCUUGGCGGGCACCGUGAAUAUCCCAAGAGCACUGCCCGAAGGUGAAUUGCAGCCUGGGUCUGGGCUUCGGCACAUGAGGAUGAUCCAGAUUGCGGCAGAACCACUACUUCCUGUGACGCUGCUGACCAUCGACAGCCAGUCCAGGCUUCGACUUUGGGGUCUCAAGGUCCAUGUCCAAUCGGGCCGGCUACAGCAAUUGAAACUCCUGCUUGAUGCCGGUCAGCUGCGAGAGAGCGCUUGCAUCCCUGCCGAGUGGUACAAUCGCCUCAAGCAGAAGCGCGACCAUGAGGCGAAGCUGCGGAAGAAGAAGCGUGAAGAGGAGAUGAAGGCUGCCAAGGCCAGGGCCGGAAAGGAUGAGACGGCAGAGCAGAACCCAGAGGCAGAGGCCCAAGAAAUGGAGGGCCAGAAUCUGGAUGAAGGCUCCCAAGGGGAGGGAGAAAACCUGGCUGCCGAAGCUCGUUGGACCAGCACCGAGUCUGUACGCAUCACAGCAUUUGCAGCCCUUCCUCGUGGUCCUGUGCAGCUGCCGAUCGAUUGCCUGGACAACCAGCCCUUCGAAGGACCCACCACAUCGGCCACGGCUGUGGCCCAAGAGAAGAGCACGCCCUUCUUCCAAGCCAAGGCCGACAAGGCAGAGAAGGAGCCGGCCUCGUCCCUCUUCAUCACCCAGCCUCCAGGUGCAGCUCGCCUCCUCGGUAAGGCCGACGAGGAGGCUCCGGCAGAGGAGUUCUCCGGCAGUGACUCCGAUGGCGAUGCUGAUGAGAUUGUCACCCAGCGUUUCGCCGAAAUGCCAAGGCUGCCGUCGUCGGCGCCCAAUGCGCUCAUGCUGGGUGACUCUGCCGCGGCAGAGUCUCUUCGAGCAGCAAAAGAAGCCGUAGCCGAGGAGCUGGGUGGCUCUAUUGGCGAUGGUGACUCGCUGGUUUUCAUCGCUGAUUCCGGUGGCUGGCUGUGGUGUCUGGACAUCGCUGCCUCCCUUUCUGCUGCUGCGUCCUCCCCGCCCGUGGCCAUAGCCUUGGAUGUCGCCAUGGUCGCGAAGGCGCACGAGGAGAUGAUGAAAGAUCGCGGCGAAAAGAGAAACAAGAGGUGCCCUUCGAGCGAUGAUCCGACGCCCUUCCAAAGCUUGCAGGGCAGAGUGUAA